ACACGGGGAUGUUAUUAAUAAGCGACUGAAAAAAAAUCGGAAUUAGAUUUGGAACCUUGACGUAAACGUUCUAUCGUUCUAACUAAUUUUCAAUUUUACGCAAUACUUCUAUUUUCAAUUCUACUCUUGCAAAAAGAGUUUCCGCUGAAGUAUUUGCACUAAUCAUUAUUCCGCUAUAUUUAUGAGAAAGGAAUAUCAUGUGCGACCAGAGAACACCUAAGCGACAUUCACCUGCCCCCGUGCCGUACGGCCUGCAGGAGCUGGUGGAAGCAAUGAGCUGGUCAGUUAUAAUGGACAAACCGGAAAACAUCUGCCAGUUCUUGCUUGAUUACACCCUUGAGUUGCUCCAGUUUAAAAAUGAGAACCCAUCACUGGAUCAGCGAGAAUCUAUAAUUAAAUUUCACCAACUUAAAGAAAAAGCAUAUAUUAGAAGAUUGUCUGAACAGUCAGAGUGCUCAAAGAGUGAUGAAGAUAGCAGCACAAGUCCAGCUGAAUGGGAAGAGAAGGAGAUGCCUACCUCAGGGCUUGGCAGGAUUACAGGACAGGAGCCUUCUGAGGAUUCUGAUCUUGAGGUUAAGGUUGUGCACAAAGCACAGAUGGACACCAAAGAUGCUCUGUUGGGUGAUGAAGAUGCAUCAGAUAUUGGAGACAGUACUCACGUCAGAGAAGUGAGUCUCACAACACCUGAGCUUGUUCAUGAUGUUGAGAUCCUUCAGGAAGCUUUACUGGAAGAAGAAGAUGCUCUGUUGGGUGAUGAAGGUGCAUCAGCUAUUACAGACAGAAUUCACAUCACUGAAGUGAGUCUCUCAACAUCUGAGCUUGUUCCUGAUGCUGAGAUCCUUCAGGAAGCUUUACUGGAAGAAGAAGAUGCUCUGUUGGUUGAUGAAGGAGCAUCAGAUAUUGCAGACAGAAUUCAAAUCAGUGAAGUGAAACUCACAACAUCUGAGCUUGUUCCUGAUGUUGAGGUUCUUCAAGAAGCUUUACUGGAAGAAGAAGAUGCUCUGUUGGGUGAUGAAGGAGGAUCUGCUAUUGCAGACAGAAUUCACAUCAGAGAAAUGAGUCUCACAACACCUGAGCUUGUUCCUGAGGCUGAGGUUCUUCAGGAAGCUUUACUGGAAGAAGGAGAUGCUCUGUUGGGUGAUGAAGGUGCAUCAGCUAUUGCAGACAGAAUUCACAUAACUGAAGUGAGUCUCACAACAUCUGAGCUUGUUCCUGAUGCUGAGAUCCUUCAGGAAGCUUUACUGGAAGAAGAAGAUGCUCUGUUGGGUGAUGAAGAAGCAUCAGAUAUUGGAGACAGAAUUCACAUCACUGAAGUGAGUCUCACAACACCUGAGCUUGUUCCUGAUGUUGAGGUCCUUCAGGAAGCUUUACUGGAAGAAGAAGAUGUUCUGUUUGUUGAUGAAGGUGCAUCAGCUAUUGCAGACAGAAUUCACAUCAGUGAAGUGAGUCUCACAACACCUGAGCUUGUUCCUGAUGUUGAGAUCCUUCAGGAAGCUUCACUGGAAGAAGAAGAUGUUCUGUCUGGGGUCGAUGAAGGAGCAUCAGAUAUUGCAGACAGAAUUCACAUCACUGAAGUGAGUCUAACACCUGAGCUUGUUCCUGAUGUUGAGGUCCUUCAGGAAGCUUUACUGGAAGAAGAAGAUGCUCUGUUAAUCGAUGAAGGAGCAUCAGCUAUUGCAGACAGAAUUCACAUCUCUGAAGUGAGUCUCACAACACCUGAGCUUGUUCCUGAUGUUGAGGUCCUUCGGGAAGCUUUACUGGAAGAAGAAGAUGCUCUGUUGGUUGAUGAAGGAGCAUCAGCUAUUGCAGACAUAAUUCACAUCAGUGAAGUGAGUCUCACAACACCUGAGCUUGUUCUUGAUGUUGAGGUUCUUCAGGAAGCUUUACUGGAAGAUGAAAAUGCUCUGGUGAGCGAUAAAAAAGCAUUAGAUGAUGAAGCCAAAACUGACUUCAGAGAUGUCAGUGUCACGCCACCUGAACAAGCUGAACUCCCAAGGGAAACCCCACUGGACAAAGUUGCUGUGUUGGGUGAUGAAGAAGCAUUAGAUAUUGAAGACAGAACUUACAUCAGUGAAGUGAGUCCCACGACACUUGAGCUUGUUCCUGAUGUUGAGGUCCUUCAGGAAGUUUCACUAGAGGAAAUUGCUCUGGUGAGCGACGAAGUAUCAGAAGAUGAAGCCAGAACUUUCUUCAGAGAUGUCAGUGUCACACCACCUGAACAAGCCGAACUCCUAAGGAAAACUCCACUGGACAAAGUUGCUGUGUUGGGUGAUGAAGAAGCAUUAGAUAUUGAAGACAGAACUUACAUCAGUGAAGUGAGUCCCACAACACUUGAGCUUGUUCCUGAUGUUGAGGUCCUUCAGAAAGCUUCACUAGAGGAAAUUGCUCUGGUGAGCGACGAGGUAUCAGAAGAUGAAGCCAGAACUUUCUUCAGAGAUGUCAGUGUCACACCGCCUGAACAAGCCGAACUCCUAAGGAAAACUCCACUGGACAAAGAAGAUGUUCUGUUGGGCGAUGAAGAAGCAUCAGAUAUUGCAGACAGUUCUCACAUCAGUGAAGUGAGUCUCACAACACCCGAGUUUGUUCCUGAUGUUGCCUUCCUUCGGGAAACUUCACUAGAAGAAGAUAAUGCUCUGGUGAGCGAUGAAGAAUCAGAGGAUGAAGCCAGAACUUACUUCAGAGAUGUCAGUGUUACACCAUCUGAACAAGCUGAACUCCUAAAGGAAACUCAACUGGACAAAGAUGCUCUGUUGGGUGAUGAAGAAGCAUCAGAUAUUGGAGACAGUACGUACAUCAGUCAAGUGAGUCUCACAACAUCUGAGCUUGUUCCUGAUGUUGAGGUCCUUGAGGAAGCUUUACUGGAAGAAGAAGAUGCUCUGUUGGGUGAUGAAGGUGCAUCAGCUAUUGCAGACAGAAUUCACAUCACUGAAGUGAGUCUCACAACACCUGAGCUUGUUCCUGAUGUUGGGGCUCUUCAGGAAGCUUCACUGGAAGAAGAUGCUCUGUUGGGUGAUGAAGAAGCAUCAGAUAUUGGAGACAGUACUCACAUCAGUGAAGUGAGUCUCACAACAUCUGAGCUUGUUCCUGAUGUUGAGAUCCUUCAGGAAGUUUCAUUGGAAGAAGCUGAAUAUCUACCCAGGCCACCAUCUCAAGCCAAAAGAAGCUCACCAAAAGCUUUAAAAAGAUGGGUUCGAAAGACCAAAGGUUCAAAGAGUGAUGGUGAAAUCUGUGACAAAAUAAAAUCUGUGCCUCUGGUGAAGUCACUAUCUCUACAGGACAGUGUUCUCAUGUCCUGUAAGAUGACAGAGAAAACACUACAGGAAGUUCCACGAGACAAAGAAGAUGCUCUGUUAGGCGAUGAAGAAGCAUCAGAUAUUGGAGACAGUACUCACGUCAGAGAAGUGAGUCUCACAACACCAGAGCUUGUUCCUGAUGUUGAGGUCCUUCAGGAAGCUACAUUGGAAGAAGAAGACGCCCUAGUAAGCAAAGAAAAAUCAUCAUAUGAAGAAGACAGUACAGACUUCAUUGGUGUCAGUCUCACAAUACCUGAACUUACUGAGCUUCCACAGGAAAUACCAUUGGAUGAAGUAUAUGCUCUAUUGAGCGAUGAAAAAUCACCAGAUGAUGAAUACAGAACUGACUUCAGAGAUGUCAGUGAAACACCGCCUGAACAAGCUGAACUCCUAAAGGAAACUCCACCGGACAAAGAAGAUGCUCUGUUGGGUGAUGAAGAAGCAUCAGCUAUUGCAGACAGAAUUCACAUCACUGAAGUGAGUCUCUCAACAUCUGAGCUUGUUCCUGAUGCUGAGAUCCUUCAGGAAGCUUUACUGGAAGAAGAAGAUGCUCUGUUGGUUGAUGAAGGAGCAUCAGCUAUUGCAGACAGAAUUCACAUCACUGAAGUGAGUCUCACGACACCUGAGCUUGUUCCUGAUGUUGGGGCUCUUCAAGAAGCUUCACUGGAAGAAGAUGCUCUGUUGGGUGAUGAAGAAGCAUCAGAUAUUGGAGACAGUACUCACAUCAGUGAAGUGAGUCUCACAACAUCUGAGCUUGUUCCUGAUGUUGAGAUCCUUCAGGAAGCUUCACUGGAAGAAGCUGAACAUCUACCCAGGCCACCAUCUCAACCCAAGAGAAGCUUACCAAAAUCUUUAAAAAGAUGGGUUAGAAAGACCAAAGACCAAAGUUCAAAGAGUGAUGGUGAAAUCUGUGACAAGCCGAAAUCUGUGUCUCUGGUGAAGUCACUAUCUCUACAGGACAGUGUUUUCAUGUUCUGUAAGGUGACCGACAAAACACUACCGGAAGCUUCACUGCUCAAAGAAGAUGUUUCAGUGAGCAGCAAAGAAUCACCAAGUGUUGAAAGUUAUCCUGUCACUGAACUUAUUCAGACACAGCCUGAACUUGUCGAGCUCCUACAUGAGGCUCCACUGGACAAAGUGAGUGAUGAAAAAUUCUCAGAUGCUGGAGACAGUACAGACAGUCUCACAGAACCUGAGACUGCUGAGCUCUUACUGGAUGAAGAACAUGUUCAACGGAGCGGAGGAGACUCAUCAGAUAGUGUUAAGAGCAGUCACUUCACUGAACUCAGCCUGACACCACCUGAAUUUGCCAAGGUCCUACAAGAGGUUCCACAGUACAAAGAUUAUGCUCUAUUGAGUGAUAAAAAAUCAAAUGGUGAAGACAGCAAUCAUUUCAGUGAAAUCGAUCUCACACCACCUGAUCUUACUGAGGUCCUACAGGAAGCUUCACUGGAUGAAGAAGGUGCUCUCUUGAGUGACAAAAAAACAUCAGAUGGUGCAGACAUUAUUCACAUCAGUGAAGUGAGUGUCACAACAACUGAGCUUCCAGAUGUCAAGCUACAUCAGGACACCUCACUGGACAAAGUUAAGAGAGAACUAGCAGCAAGAAGCCCAGAUGGCAGUGAAAAAUUCCAAUCUGAAGUGCUACCUCACAAAGUGUCCUCUGAGGAUAUUACAAUGCAAACCAGAGCAUCUUUGUCUUCAGAGAGACUGUCAUCAUCAUCAUCAUCAUCAUCAUCAUCAUCACCAGCUUAUCCAAGUACUUCAACUUUGGGGUCUCCCAUGGACCUUGUAGUGCAUGUGCAUAAGAAAGAGUGGCGACUGUCUCGACAUACAAGCAGAACUUCAACAGCUCCACACAGGGUUUCAUCCAUGAAACCAUGCCAUUUGCUGCCAAGCAGACAGCCACCUCAGAGUGCGGCAAAGGAUUCCUCAAAAAAAAUUGUGGGAAAACCACAAAGAUCAACGAAGGAAGUCCGCUUUCCUCCAAUAUCGUCACAGCACAGAAGAAGACCAGACAGUCAAGCUUCAAGAAGUCCAGCUUUACCAAGAACAACAGAGAAAGUUGAACUUCCUCAAAUAGACCCCCGAUUACAGAGACCAGUUCCAAGCCAGGGUAUCAGAGCCAGAUCUUCAAUGAAGGAAGGCAUAAAAUUAUUUCAUCUACCACACAGGAGGGAACAAGGUGUGCUAUCAACUGAAAUCCUUUUGCAGUCACAGUAUCGAAAUGGAGCAAGUAUCCAGACCAUCGGCCCAGGCUCCGUUGUACUCAGGGGAUUUUCAAAGACACCAAAAGCUCAGAAGCACAUCCGUGGCGCUUCAGGAACUUCAAGGCAGCUGUGACAAACAGAAAACCCUAAACAGUUGAUUGAACUAAAUUGAUUGAGUAAACUCAUUCCCUCAAUUCAACUAGGGAUGUGGUAGCCUAGUGAUUAAGGUGUUGGGCUACCAAUCAGAAGGCUGUGAGUUUGAUUCCUACGUCCACCAGGUUCCCACUGCUGGGCCCCUGAGCAAGGCCCUUAACCCUCAGUUGUAUAAAUUGUAACCCUCAGUUGCAUAAAUGAGAUAAAAAUGUAAGUGGCUCUGGAUAAGGGCGUCUGCUAAAUAAUGUAAAUGUAAACUGAGUAAUAGAAUCUCCUAAAACUUGCAUAUUUAAGUUUAUUUAACUUACCGAUUAUGUAGAAUAAAUAAUUUGUUCAGUUCA